CGGAGAUGCGCGCGGUGCGGCCGGAGGAGCCGCUCCCGGCUGUCAGCCCGCUUCCGCGAGCCCAGCGUCCUUCGGCCCUUCGGGCGUCGGCGCAGACCCGCGGCCCUCCGGGCGCAGACUGCCGCGUUCGGCCCGGUCACGGCGGCAGGCGGGGGCCUAGUGAGGCCCGUGAGGACCCCCAGGCGGCGGUGCUUUUUGCCGGCCGGAGUUCCUUGCGUUUGGCGUGUCCUUGCCGCCCGCUGCUCGGUAUUUCGCUCUCCAAAUGUCUUUGAAGUCCGUGGCAUCUAAGUGUCCCUCCAGCUAUGAAAUUUCUGUUGGUUUUUGAUUUUGACCAUACGAUCGUAGAUGAGAAUAGUGACACCUGGAUUGUGAGAUGUGCUCCUGACAAAAAGCUUCCUAAUGGGUUACGGAACUCCUACCGGCCGGGACAUUGGACAGAAUACAUGGGCAGAGUCUUUGUCUACCUGGGGGACAGUGGCGUCCAAGAAGAUGACAUGAAAAGAAUUAUGACAGCAAUUCCCUUCACUGCGGGCAUGGUCGACCUUCUGGGGUUUAUUGGCGAGAACAAAGAGUUUUUCGACUGCAUCAUUGUUUCGGAUUCUAAUACAGUAUUUAUUGACUGGAUUUUAAAGGCUGCUGACUUCCAUGAGGUGUUUGAUCAAGUGUUUACAAACCCCGCAGCGUUCAGCAGUACUGGCUAUCUGACCGUGCGGAACUUUCAUGCUCACCAUUGCCCAAAGUGCCCUAAAAACCUUUGCAAAAGGAAAGUUUUAAAAGAGUUUCUAGAUAAACAGUUGGAGAGAGGAGUGAGUUAUAUGCAGAUUGCCUAUAUAGGUGAUGGUGGGAAUGACUUGUGCCCGGUGAUGUUUCUGAAGAAGGGUGAUGUUGCAAUGCCCAGGCAUGGAUAUACCCUAGAGAAAAAGAUUUCUCAGCACUCUCAAGAUUUCUGUCCUGUAGAGUGUUCUGUUCUGGUUUGGUCAUCUGCUGUUGAAAUUAUGUCUUACCUGAAGCUGCUUGUAAAAGAACAAUUGAAGUGAUGAAAGGAAACUGAUAUAUCUUUUUUUCUUCCUGGGUGAGAAAUGCUGAAUGCACAUGGAAAAAUAUUGUAGAACUGGGAUAUUAGCUGAACCUCUGUUGUUUAAAUAUAAUAUAAAAUUAUAUUUUCAGUUUUGUCAGUAAUGAGAAAGUGAUGUUAAAAUGGCUUUUGGGCAUAGUACGCAUUCCAACGUUUGUGGAGAAGUGGGGGGUGUUGCAGGAGGAAUCGCCAUUCAUGGAAGUGAUGUUCCACGUGCUAUGGGGAAGGAGUAAGAGCAGUGCACAAAAGAAUAAUUAUUUAUAAAGAAUUUAUAUGCUUUACUUACCAGGAACGUGAUUCUGGAUCUUUUGGCUUUGAAUACUUUUUUUAAUCGGGAUGGAUGUUUAGUUUGUAAAUUAUUUGGUAUGUCUCUAAUCCUGUUUGAUCUGAAGAUGCAUUUAUAUUUUUAAUAUACUGAAUAUUUUACCAAACUAAAUUCCUUUUUAGUAGUUUGUAUUAAAGACAAUAAAAACUACUGUCACUGAGAAAAGCAA